AUGGAAAAGUCAAAUUUUAAUAAUGAUCUGGAAGGCAGCCGGCCUCUUGGUUAUGACGAAAAAAUUUUGAGCAACCAGACGGCAGAAUUUGGCAAUGACAAGGACAUCUUCACAUACACAGACACAAUUCCAGAAGCCAUGAUGGAAGAAAAUAAGGCAAUACACGGUGUUGGAUCCAAGGCUAUUGAAGAAGCUGGUGGCAAAUUGCGCAGAGACUUGAAGGCCCGACACAUUACCAUGAUUGCCAUUGGUGGUGCUCUGGGGACUGGAUUAGUGAUUGGUUCAGGUUCUGCUCUGGCCCAGGCUGGCCCAGCAGCCCUGUUUCUAUCUUUUAUUAUUGUUGGUUUUAUUGUGUACUUGGUUAUGUGUGCUUUGGGUGAAAUGGCCACCUGGCUCCCGCUUUCUGAAGGUUUCCCUGGCUAUGCCUCUCGUUUCUGUGACCCAUGCCUUGGUUUUGCGGUUGGUUGGGUUUACUACUUCAAAUACAUUAUUGUGACACCGAAUCAGUUGGUGGCUGGUGCACUAGUUAUUCAAUAUUGGUUGCCACGAGAAAAGGUGAAUCCUGGUGUGUGGAUUACUGUUUUCCUUGUUGUGAUUAUUUUGUUGAAUAUGUUUGGUGUUAAGAUUUUUGGUGAACUUGAGUUUUGGCUUUCUUGUUUGAAGGUUAUUACCAUGUUAGGUCUUAUCAUUACUACUUUUAUCAUUGCACUUGGUGGUGGCCCUGAUCAUGACCGAAGAGGAUUUAGAUAUUGGAAAAACCCCGGUGCGUUUAAAGAGUAUUCAAAAAAUGGUCACACUAUUGAGGGUCCUGAGGGUAGAUUUGUUGCAUGGGCAUCUGUACUUGUCACUGCAGUUUUUGCCUUUUUGGGUACAGAACUUGUUGGUGUUACAGUUGGUGAAGCUGAGAAUCCUCGCCGUAACAUCCCCCGUGCCAUUAAGUUGACUUUUUAUCGUAUUUUGCUUUUUUACGUUGUUUCGACUCUCUUUUUGGGCAUGUGUGUUCCCUACAAUGAUUCCAAGCUUGCAUUUGCCAAUACGGCAACAACCAGUGCAGCUGCUUCUCCCUUUGUUGUUGCUAUUUCAAAUGCUGGGAUUGGUAAAUUGAAUCAAAUCAUUAAUGCAUGCAUUUUGAUUUUUAUCUUUUCAAGUUCUAAUUCAGACCUGUACAUUGCUACAAGAACGCUUUAUGCAAUGGCAGCCAAUGGCAAGGCCCCCAAGAUUUUCCUCAAGGUAAAUCGAUGGGGCAUUCCAUAUGUAUCGCUGUUAUUUUCUUCCAUGUUUUGUGGACUUGCUUAUCUGAGUACGUCUCAAAGUUCUGCAAAGGUUUUUACAUAUUUUGUCAAUGUUGUUUCUAUUAUGGGUCUGUUGACUUGGAUUUGCAUUUUGAUUACACAUAUUUGUUUUGUUAAAGGCAUGAAGGCACAAGGUAUUCCUGAUAGUGAGAUUGUCUACAAGGCACCUUUUAGACCAUAUGGCAGUUGGAUUGCUCUUGGUUUUUGUAUUGUUAUUGCACUGAUUAAGAACUUUACUGCGUUUGUCUUUAAGUUUGACAAGACUGCAUUUAUCACAGGUUACAUUGGUAUUCCUAUCUUUUUGAUUUUGAUUUUGGGCUACAAGGUGAUUAUGAAGACUAAGUAUAUUAAGCCCACGGAAAUUGACUUUUACCCAUCCCUUCGACACGAGAUUGAUCGUGAGGAGGAGGAGUUUUUGAAGCAGCAAAUCCAAGACGAGAUUGAUAAUCCUCCGUCAAUGGCUAAGAAGAUUUACAACAAUACGCUUGGUUAUUUGUUUUAA